CCUCGCUCCGCUGCAGUCGCCCCGCCGCUCAGCCCUCCGCAGCCCGCCGCUCAGCGCUCCGCCGCCCGCCGCUCAGUGCUCCGCAGCCCGCAGCCGCUCCACAGGACUACCGUGUCCAGAGCGGGGAAAUGUGCACGGUUAUUCCAGUGGGCGUCGCCUGAUACCGUGCUGAAGUGUGCACUGAUUUUUUCUUCCUGCAGCUGGUGUGAGAUGUUCUGCAUUUGCAAUGGCAAGAGGUCUGUUUCCAUGGGGGAUCUUCACCAAGCCUCUGUACAUCCAGACCAAGUUCUCCUACCUGCACAUGAAGUACCUGUUCUUCUCGUGGCUGGCAGUGUUUGUGGGGAGCUGGAUCGUGUAUGUGGAGUACUCGUCCUACACAGAGCUGUGUCGAGGGCACGACUGCAAAAACUCAAUAUGUGACAAAUACAGGAAGGGAGUCAUUGACGGCUCGGCCUGCAGCAGUCUGUGUGACAAAGACACGCUCUACCUGGGGAAGUGCUUCACCAUGAAGCCCAAAAGCCAGGUGUACUCUGGGACCUGGGGAGACCUGGAGGGAGUCAUUAAGUGCCAGAUGGAGGAGGCUCCUCAUUAUGAUUUGGGAAAUGCGAUGCAGCACAGGAAGGAGUCUGCGGCCUUCAACCACCCCACCAAGGGGACAUCUGUGGAGAGGUUCAGAGAGAUGAUCCUCAACCACCUAAAGUCUAAAGUGGGGGAUCAGGCCAACCUUGCAGACCUGGCAACACAAGUCCUGUCCAUAACAGACGCCAACAAAGACGGCCACAUCUCGCUGCCUGAGGCCCGCUCCACCUGGGCUCUGCUGCAGCUCAACGAGUUCCUGUUAGCGCUGGUCCUGCAGGACAGAGAGCACACGCCCAAGCUGCUGGGCUUCUGUGGAGACCUGUAUGUGAUGGAGAAGGUCCCGUACUCGCCCCUGUACGGGAUCAGUCUGCCCUGGAUCAUGGAGGUGUGGAUCCCGGCCGGUGUGCGCCGCAGCAUAGACCAGUGGUUCACCCCCUCCUGGCCUCACAAGGCAAAGAUCUCCAUCGGACUGCUGGAGCUGGUGGAGGACGUCUUCCACGGAACUUUCGGCAGCUUCCUCAUGUGCGACGUGAGCGCCACCAGGUUCGGAUACAAUGAGCGUCACGACCUGAAGGUGAUGGACGCAAGGUAUAUUGUUCCUGAAGCCAUCUUCCAAGAAAACAUUAGACAGCAACGAUGCGAUGUGGAUGAGGAUUGUCUCUACGGGGCAGACUGCCUCACUUCUUGUGACCUCACCAAGCACCGCUGCACCCCCGAGGUCACCAGGCCCAAUUUAGCCAAAGCCUGCGAGGCCCUGAAGGACUACACUCUGAGGGGGGCCCCGGCUGAUGUGAAGGAGGAGCUGGAGAAGCAGCUGUACGCCUGCAUCGCUCUGAAGGGUUCCUCAGAACAGAUGGAGAUUGAGCACUCACUAAUUCUGAACAAUCUCAAGACUUUGCUUUGGAAGAAAAUCUCUCAUACGAAAGACUCCUAAGCGCUGAGAGGCACGACAACCAUACCUAUAUGUUUUUAAAUAUUGUACAAUCUUUACAUAAGUUUAGGAUUCACCUUAUAUCCCUUUGACAUGUGUAACUGAUGGUAAACCCUGAAGCUGUCAGGCAUGGUGACUUUAUUACAUUUAUUAAAGUAAUCUUUGUCAGUACUGGAGCAACAUAUUUGCACAUUUUUGAAACCGGGAAAUCAAUAAAUUGGACA